UGUGAAUGUUCUGGAUGCUUGCAAAUGUUCACCUCAGGUCCUCACAAAGCGAAUAGUAUCUGUACAUCCAAAAUUCAUCACAUAGUAGUUCUGGUUCUUUCCCUGCCUCCUAUCAGGUACGGUACGUCCCAAUGCGGACGCGCGCGUGGUAGAUGAUCUAGAAUGACGCGCAAAUUCAUUUCAGGUGUCAAUCUCAAUUUGUUUCGUUCUUUGGCGCGCAAGUAGUUCGAAAUGGACAUGGAGUGGACACGGUAGAGCGUAUCAACAGAAGAUGUUGUUCUACCGAAAGAUCCUCUUUUGUGAAAAAGUUUCUUUUGAAGAUAACCAAACCGCCGCGUGGUCGCGUUCCUUUUUUUCUUUCGAUCUGCCAUGUACAACUUCUCGCAGGGCAAAUACCUGUACUUGAAUGAGUAUAGCAAGCGAACAUUGAAGAUCUAGCGGUCUUCAGAUUAUUAUAGCCACACUCAACGCGCGGCAAGAAUUUGUUGUGUUUACUAUGUGGUCUACCUAAACUUAGAAAUUUCAAUUUCCUCGUUAUUUUUCCAAUAGAACAACUCUUCUAGUAGAGCGAUAUACCAUUUCAUCUCUUCCCGCGGCCGAGAACAACAACGAACUCGUCCAUCUUUUUUCUCAGAUUUCUCCUCCCCACUCCGAACAAUUAUGAAUCCCGUUUCCACGGUAUGACAGUGCACAACUCCCCCUCCCCCUCAUUUGUCAUGCAAAAACCCAAGUCCAGUUGCUACCUUGUGGCACCGCGUGCAUGACAAAUUCCGGGAAUCCGAACCGUACUACACUCGGCGCAUGAACUUGUCAUGCACAGGGUCCACCUGUAGUGGAGUUUGUAAUGCUGUUGAUACCAUACAAAUUAUGAGGGGGAGUGGGGGUUGUGCACUGUCAUACACGGCCCCCCUUGAUGACGAUCUCCGAGGAAAGUUGGCAGCAGCAUUGGCAUAUCAAGUGCAAAAGUAUCGUCCUAGUAUGAAUUGCAUUACAAAUUGCCUUAGCAUUACAAAUUAAUUUUGUAAUGCGGAUUUGCCUUGAGAAACAAAAAGAUUUGUAAGGCAUAAAUGCAAUUGUACGAGUGCGAUACUUUUGCUGUGGAUAUGGCAAAACACGUUUUCUAAUGCGCAACUGCUGGCACAACAAGGGCUUACGAACACGACGACGACGACGAACAACAGCAGUACGAACCAGAACCUGACCCACCAGCAGUUUAACCAAUAUAACACCCAAGACCAACAAAACCUCGCAGCGGUACAGCAGUUCCAAAACUAUUACGACCAAGCGGCGCAGCAGCAGUACAACCAGCUGGCACAACAGCAGUACUUGUAUAACCAACUCGCUUGGUACAAUACCAAUACCAGCAAUACGAAUACAAAUCCUGCCAAUACAACGAAUAGUACCAUGGGCUACUACGACCGCAGUUCCCGUAAUGCCGACAUAGGGGAUAUGGGAGUGUUAGGAUCGAAAUCGACAAAAUCGAAAAACUUGUAAUGCACAAAAUCGAUGCCAGUUAGACCCACAGUUUGUAGUCGGCGCAUGACAAACUUACCACGUCCUGGAAGCGAAUCUGUCAUGCGGUUUAGGGCAAAAUAGCUCCCCUCCGUCAUGCGAGCCACCAGCGCAAUAUGUGACACUUAGCAGGACUACAAUCUGCCUCCUUUGCGUCCUCUGCAAUAGAGGCACUUUUGCUGUCGCAUUUUCUGCAUGACAGAUUAUUUCGACCUUGUCGAUUUCGAUCCUGACGCUUCCAUAGGAGACAGCCGGCGGUGCAUGGGUUUGUUCCUCUCGCUAUCCCAUGUAAAAACGUCCCCACCCCAUAGUCAAGAUGGGGAAUCGACUAGACAAGUCCACGAGUUUUGGCUGUUUUGCAUGACAAAUUUGGAGUCGCCUUGUAGUGCUGUUUGAGGUCGUUCAGCAGCAUCACAGAUCUAGCACAUCGCGCUGAUUGGCGCAUUACAAACUCCAAAACGCGAAUAACAAAUGCUUCUCAUGGGGCUCCGCAUGACAAACAUUUUGAGCAUGCAGAUUUGCAUGACAACUCUGGGGUGGGGACGUUUUUACACAGGAUACUCGCGGGGGCGUCCCGGGGAGAAAGAUGUGUACACGGGGAAAUCGCAGGGCAUGAACGGGAGCUGGGAUGACGUUGGGAUCUCCCGGCUCGUGGGCGAGUGGCGGAAGGAAUUCAAGAAAGUGACGGAUAAGUACAGCCACAAGCCCGCGCACCAAAGACCCACGUUUCUGAUCACCGAUUUUCUUUUCGAACAAAACAAAAUUGGGGACGAAGGGGCCAAGACGAUCUUCGAGUUCCUGUUGGAGUAUAAAGUGAAAUGCAACGUUAUCAAGCUGUACAAAAACGACAUCGGGGACACCGGGGCGUACUACAUCGCGAAAUAUUUACGGGGCAUGGAGGACUACGCGGUCCGCGAGUUGCACUUGUCGGACAACUACAUGGGGGCGAAGGGAAUGGAGGACCUUUUUCAGGCGGUGGUCGGAAACAAAAUGUAUCCGAAAGAGGAGAGGCGAGGACCGUCGGUGUCGCUCUGUCCACUGUGGCUGCGCAUCGAGAAUAACUGUAUUCGCAUAUAAGCAUUUUUUUUUGUCAUGCGUGCCGCCAUGUCCAUGUGUUUACAUUUGUUGUUUUGAAUUUGAUUCGAAGCCUUACUUUGAGACGACCGCAUGUUGACCAGAGACAACUGCAUCGUCGAUUUUUGAUUCGUCCAAUGAUCACUGAAAUCACAGGCAUCACCAACUUUAUGGAGAAUUUCGCGAAGAUGGUACAGGAGGCCACCGACAUCCGGACCCGCUUCAUCCAGCCCGGCUACUGCAGCGAAACGGGAGCGGUGAAACUCUACAAGGACAAGGCCGGGAAGGAUGACGACAACUGGAAGGGGUACGUGAUCCGGGGUCAGACCGGCCCCGCGUUCGCCCCCUACACGUGCGCGGAGAUCAACGGCAACUUCCCCGCCCUGUAUUGCAAUGAGAAAUGCUCCCACCCCACACUUGGCACCAGAAUUUGUAUUGCAAACCUUUCCAAUAGAAACAUUUUCCGUCUUGCAUAUCUCAGCAUCACAAAUUUUCCAUUCUGAAUAGCUCGAAUUUAUUGUGUUGCGAAGGGGCCCAACAGCAGCGGGAUCUGUUAUGCACAAAGCACCUUGCGCAUCUAGAUUCUGCAUCAGAAAGGCUCGCAAUCCUUUCACGCAACACAAAAAGGUUUCAUUUGGAAACUUUGCAUGACAAACUUUUGCAAAUACGGGGGUGGAGGCAUUCUUCAUUGUAAUACCCUGCACGUCAUCUUUGGGCAGAAGCAGCACCUGCAUAAGGUCCAGUACACCCCCAGGCACGCGAAAAUGCCCCGGCCGGUAGACGCGUUGUAUCAAAAUGAAAAAUCCCCCCUCCCCAUAUCAAAGGGGGGAUUUGUGUAGCAUGAUUUGCGACCACAAAUCAUAUUGCCAUGCUAGAAGGCAAAAGGUGCGGACUGUAGAGCUGGCUGGCGUGGGAAGGCCUUGCAACCUCAGCAUGACAGGAGGCAGCUGGCAUAGGGAAACAGCAUGACAAAUUUCCUGCAAUUCAGGCAGCAACUGCUUCUCUUGGCCUUCUAGCAAUACAAGUCGAUUUGUGUACACAAAUCCCGCAUGACAGAUUUCCAAUUCGAUAUGGGGUGGGGGGAUUUUUCCUUACGAUACGUUGCUGGAUUUGUUUCCCGCCGGCGUGGCUUCCCCUAACUUCAAACCCACGGUUCCAUAUGAAAUGCAAAUAUGUCUGGGUCUGGAAGAAUCCAAACUUGUCAUGCAGAAUUUCCAUGCCCCGUGAGGUCUGGAAUGCAGGACCUAGCAUGACAGAAUCUGCGAGGUCUCUAUCGUGCCUCUUCUGCAUGAGAAACUUCCUCUCCUGGUGGUCAGAAAAGGGCAUCUUUUGUUGCUCACGCAAGAUGACAGAUUUUUGUGUGAGGCGCAGGAUGCAUCACAGGCUCCAUCCUUCCAGACAUCCAGGGAUAUUUGCAAUGCAUAUCCCAUCCUCGGUGACAAAUCCGGCCAGUCUGACCCAGAACCAGCUGACCAAUGGCGGUGGGAAAUCCGGACCGCCGCAGGGCGCGGCUGUUCUGGGGGGGAAAAACGUGCAAAAUUUGCGCCAAUUGAACAAAAACAACCUCCCGAACCCCGCAGCUUUGAUGUCAACCAACGGUAAUAAGCCCGUUGCUGGUAACUCCGCAGCUCCUGCCCCGUUACUCCCCCUCCGGGUGCCUCCAGCGAAAAACUCCUCCGCAGCGGCGUCAGGUGGCGGGGGCAAGAACAGUGGAAACAACAGCAAUGUGAAAGGUAAUGGGGCAAAUCAACAGCAGAGAGAACGGUCGCCCCGCCGUGGAGGUCAAAGUUCUAAGGACCACCAGCAGCAACAAGCGGCUGUCCCGAAACCGCCACCAACGCUGGAGCAAAUUAUCGAAAAUGGGGGUACGCCGGACCUGCUCGGUGGCGUGAAUUCGGAAGAGGAAUUCAACUUUGACAGCUUCAACGGCGGCUUCAACCCUUUUGCGGCGGAAAUGAACGACGAUGGAACGGGGAAUCAGGAUGGCAUGUUGGAUGACAACGGCGACAAUUUUGGCGAGAUGAAUGCCGGUGACGAUAACUACGACGAAACUACUGGGGACAAUUUGCAGACCAGCGCCGAUUCGGACAGCUUUUUCGUGAACGACAUUGACCGGGAGUUCGGGCCGCAGAACGAACUGAUCGAGCGGCACAACGGAUACAUUGCGACCAUGGGCCUGGAAGAGCUUCCGAACGAUUGGAUCUACGCGAAGGGGAUGGGUAACAAAUCGAAAAUCUACUACUUCAACAUGUCAACCCGGCACGCGACCACCAACCGGGGGGAAGUGUUUUUGGCCGGGGAGUGAAGAAUGAAAGAGGAGGAUGAUAAAGUCUCGGUAUUUCAUUCAAAAUACUUUAUUUCCUUGUUUGGUUCUUUCUGGCAAUAAAAAUAGAUGCUUGUUAAUAAUAUCUUUCCACGUGGCGUUGGUGCGGUAGAAGGGCCACCGAGGGUCAUCAAGAUCCACUCUGAGUGCAGUUUACAAGGGAUGAAUUUGGUCCGACAGAAAUCGAAAUGUAUGUUGACUGCACGACGGCAUAGAAAACAUUGCUUUGCAGGUACAACUACUCACCAGCGAAGAUGAAACUACACCUGUAACGAAACGUCGACGGAACUUCAAAAAACGCGAAAAGUGCCGAGCUCCGCUGAAGAAUUAUCUCCAGUCAAUUGGGAGAAGCGGGUGCGAGUUGCUUCCAAACAACAGAUUUAACGUACACGGUCUAAAAAUAAUUUUUGCGGUAUUUUAUUAUUCCGUGUGUCGACCACAGUGCAGCAAAAGACUUUUAGCAAAAGAGAAGGAACAGUACACAAAACUUUUUUGAGUAGUAUUUCUUGAAAACACAAUGUGCUGUCCUAAUUGAUGUCCAGCGACUUCUACUGGUCGCACCAUAACAAGGUGAUUGAUGUCCCCUGGCAGUCGGGAAACUGCAGGAAUCCGAUAGGAUGAAUUCAAUCCUAUCUGCCGAAGAUGCGAACAAACUCAUUUUUUUGACCGAUAACUUUUUCUUUUUGCGCCGAGGAAAAAUGAAUAACGGUAAACAAGGCCGUGCGUAU